AUAAUCUUACACUUGAAGAUCAUAAAAUGUUUUGUGAAAUUCAUUAUAUAGAAACUACUAUAGUACCUGAUGCUUAUUCCAAAAGUCAAGUAGACUAUUUACUAGAAGUUUUAGUUCCAGAAACUGCAUUGCAUUUAAUGUCUCAAGACAGAGGUAAUAUUGAACUUGAAGAUGCAAGAAAAAUUAUGGAUGAUAGUAGCACUUUUGGUGAUUAUAUACAUGCAGAUUUAACAAAUUAA